AUGCAUUUACGAACAUUCUUACCCGGACCAAUCGAGUCGUCAAGCUACUUAACAAACUAUGUUCCUAAUUGUUUGUUGCCACAACUAAGAUGCUUAAGAGUAUUAUCUCUAUGUGGAUAUAACAUCAUUGAGCUACCAAGCUCAAUCGGUGAUCUGAAACAUUUAAGAUACCUCAACCUUUCUGAUACUCCAAUUAGAAGUUUACCAGAAUCAACAAGUUCUCUACACAAUUUGCAGACGUUGAUGUUGAAAGAUUGUCACAAACUUACAAAGUUACCGGAGAAAAUUAGGGAUCUAAUUAAUCUUCGUUAUCUUGACAUUACAAAUGCCUAUUUAAUUAGAGAAAUCCCGGUGGGAAUUGAAAAACUAAAGAACCUACAAACAUUAUCUAAUUUUGUUGUGGGAAAAGAUAAAGGAUCCAAAAUAGGAGACUUGAUGAACUUGGAGUUUCUUCGGGGAAGAUUAUGCAUUUCAAGUUUGGAGAAUGUGCUCGAUGUUGAGGAUGCAAGAAGGGCAAAUUUAAAUGGUAAGAAGAAUUUAGAUGCACUAGAGAUCAAAUGGAGGUUCGCACUUAAUGAUAUACAAUAUGCAAGCAUUACAAAAGAUAUUCUUGACAUGCUACGGCCUUCAACAACGGUGAAAGAACUUUCAAUUGAUGGCUAUAUUGGUGUGAAAUUCCCAACAUGGUUAGGAGACCAUUCAUUUUCUCAUAUUGAGGACCUAAGGAUUGUCAGAUGUAAACAAUGCAUAUCCUUACCUACUAUUGGACAUCUAUCCUCCCUCAAAUUCCUUGUCAUUAAGAGUAUGCCUAUGGUGCAGACCAUUGGUCCUGAGUUUUAUGGGGAAGGUCGGUUGAAAUCUUUUCAAAACUUAGAAACACUUUGCUUUGAAGAUAUGCAAGAAUGGCAAGAUUGGAUUCCUUAUGGAAUUGAGCAUGGAGGAUUCCCUCGCUUGCGUAAUCUUUUUAUCUCUCAAUGCCCCAAAUUGCAAGGGGAAUUGCCACGCCAUCUCCCAUCAUUGGAAAAAUUUUCUAAUACGUUUAUGAAAGCAUCAAUGUGA